AUGGCCAAUUCAGUGAAAAUUGUGGAGGUCUCCCAUGUAACCAUGUCUCAUGCAAACAUGUGCGCCAAGCCAUUGACACUGCUUAGCUUGACCAUAUCAAAUGCAGAGGCUUCCGUUAUGGCAUUGCAAAUCACUGUGUUUCCCUGCAUUGGCGGCUUUUGCAUUGGAAUCACUUCCCACCAUGCAGUUUUGGACAGUAAAACUUCAACUUCAUUUGUCAAGUCAUGGGCUUACAUAUGCUACACAUUGGUAUGUCUACAGAGAGCUAUAGAGGCAAAAGAAAAAAAUAUCAUCCUUGCAUUUGGCAUCGAUGCAAGAUCGAGGCUUAAGCCUACAGUCCCUCUAAUGUAUUUUGGAAACUGCAUAUCAGCUUGCAUAGUAAUUGUAGAGACUGAAAAGGUGUUAAAGGAAAAAUAUGGGGUAUGCUAUGUAGCAGAGGCAAUAAGUGAAUCUAUAAAAGGUGUUGAAAAUGGAGUCCUGAUGGUGCGGAAACUUAGGUUUCAGUCAUUAAUCAGGCCAUGGAUCAGAGUGAAAGCAAAUAGAGAAUGA